GGGCGUCUCAGUGCUGUGCCGCUCGUUCUCCUGGAUCGGGUGGAUCUCGCCGCUCCCGGUGUGGUGGUUGUGUGGUGUUGUGGUGGUGCUCGUCCUCCCCCUCACUAGCGAUAGUUUAUAACAGCCUUUCCUCCACAUAAUUGGAGAACGACAUGGAAUACCAGAACGACCAAGAGUACAUGGAGCCGGAGGAGGAGUGGGAGCGCGAGGGACUGUUGGACCCUGCCUGGGAGAAGCAGCAGAAAAAGACCUUCACUGCGUGGUGCAACUCUCAUCUGCGCAAGGCUGGCACCCUCAUCGAAAGCAUCGAAGAAGAAUUCCGCAAUGGCCUCAAGCUUAUGCUGCUGCUGGAGGUCAUCUCCGGCGAGACCCUUCCCAAACCUGACCGUGGCAAGAUGAGGUUCCACAAGAUUGCCAAUGUGAAUAAGGCACUUGACUUUAUUGCCAGUAAGGGUGUAAAACUGGUAUCCAUUGGUGCUGAAGAAAUUGUUGAUGGCAACCUUAAGAUGACAUUGGGUAUGAUCUGGACCAUCAUUCUGAGGUUCGCCAUCCAGGACAUCAGUGUAGAGGAGAUGACCGCCAAGGAAGGUCUCCUCCUCUGGUGCCAGCGUAAGACCGCACCAUACAAGAAUGUCAACGUGCAGAACUUCCACACAUCAUUCAAGGAUGGUCUUGCGUUCUGUGCCCUCAUCCACCGUCACAGGCCCGACCUGCUGGACUACUCCCAGCUGUCCAAGGAUGAUCCUCUUCAUAACCUUAACCUUGCCUUCGACAUUGCUGAGAAGCACCUCGACAUCCCCAGGAUGUUGGACCCCGAUGAUCUGGUGAAUACACCCAAGGCUGAUGAGCGCGCCAUCAUGACCUACGUGUCUUGCUACUACCAUGCCUUCCAGGGGGCCCAGCAGGCUGAGAUGGCAGCCAACCGCAUCUGCAAGGUGCUGAAGGUUAACCAGGAGAACGAGCGCCUCAUGGAGGAAUACGAACGCCUCACCUCCGACCUGCUGGAAUGGAUCCGUCGCACCCUGCCAUGGCUCCAGGCCCGCCAGCAGGACAACACUCUGGCUGAUCUGCAAAAGAAAUUGGAAGAAUACCGUCUGUACCGUCGUAACCACAAGCCUCCACGUGUAGAACAGAAAGCCAGGCUGGAGACCAACUUCAACACUCUCCAGACCAAACUUCGCCUUUCCAACCGUCCUGCAUACCUCCCCUCUGAAGGAAAGAGUGUCACUGAUAUUGCCAAUGCUUGGAAGAAUCUUGAAGGCUGUGAGAAAUCUUUUGAAGAGUGGCUGCUCUCAGAGAUGAUGAGGUUGGAGCGUCUUGAGCAUCUUGCCAAGAAGUUCAAGCACAAGGCUGAGAUCCAUGAGUCAUGGACUUCUGGCAAGGAAGACAUGUUACAGAGCCAGGACUUCAGACAUUGCAAGCUUAAUGAACUCAAGGCUUUGAAGAAGAAGCACGAGGCUUUUGAAUCUGACUUGGCUGCCCAUCAGGAUCGUGUGGAGCAGAUUGCAGCCAUUGCACAGGAACUGAAUGCUCUGGACUACUACGACUCGGCCACCAUCAACGCUCGCUGCCAGGCCAUUUGUGAUCAGUGGGAUCGUCUUGGCACUCUCACCACUUCUCGCAGGAAUGCUCUGGAAGAAACAGAAAAACUCUUAGAGAAGAUUGAUCAACUUCACCUUGAAUUUGCCAAGAGGGCAGCACCAUUCAACAACUGGUUGGAUGGAGCUUGUGAAGAUCUGGUGGACAUGUUCAUCGUGCAUACCAUUGAGGAGAUCCAGGGCUUGAUUGACGCCCAUAACCAGUUCAAGGCAACCUUAGGUGAGGCAGAUAAGGAGUACCAGGCCAUCAUUUCUCUGGUGACAGAGGUUCAGCACAUGGCCCAGCAGUACCAGAUCCCAGGUGGUCUUGACAACCCAUACACUACCCUCACUGCUCAGGUUAUCUCAAACAAAUGGGGAGAAGUCAAGAAGCUUGUGCCACAGCGUGAUGGAACCCUCCAGGCUGAGCUCCAGAAGCAACAGAACAACGAGAGUCUUCGACGCCAGUUUGCUGAGAAGGCCAAUGGUGUGGGUCCUUGGAUUGAGAAGCAGAUGGAUGCUGUUGCAGCCAUUGGCAUGGGCAUGCAUGGUUCUGUUCUCGAGGAUCAGCUUAACCGUCUGAAGGAUUACGAGUCUGCUGUUAUUGGCAACAAGGCUAUUAUGGAUGAGAUGGAAAAGAUCCACCAGGCUGUGCAGGAGUCCAUGAUCUUUGAGAACAGGUAUACUCAGUACACAAUGGAGACUCUACGUGUUGGAUGGGAACAGUUGUUGACUUCAAUCAAUCGCACCAUCAAUGAAGUGGAGAACCAGAUCCUCACCCGUGAUUCUAAGGGCAUUAGCCAAGAACAACUCACUGAGUUCCGCUCAUCCUUCAACCACUUCGAUAAGAACAGGGGUGGCCGAUUGGCUCCAGAUGAGUUCAAGUCUUGCUUGAUUUCUCUGGGCUACUCCAUUGGCAAGGACCGCCAAGGUGAGAUCGACUUCACACGCAUCAUCAGCAUUGUCGAUCCCAACACCACUGGCUUCAUUCAGUUCGAUGCCUUCUUGGACUUCAUGACUCGGGAGAAUGUGGAUUCUGAUACAGCAGAACAGGUCAUCGAUUCCUUCAGGAUUCUUGCAGGAGAUAAGCCUUACAUCCUCCCAGAAGAGCUGCAGCGUGAGCUUCCUCCAGACCAGGCCGAGUACUGUAUCCAGCGCAUGCAACCUUACACUGGUGCUGAAGCUCCUCCUGAGGCUCUUGACUACAUGUCCUUCUCCACCUCCCUCUAUGGUGAAUCUGACCUGUAAAUCUUGCGCACUUUAAUCUCGGGGGUAAACCUCGCACACUAUCAACUGCAAGAGGGUAAACCAUCUUAUCAUCCAACCCUCAGCUGAGCAUGUCAGUGACAGAGGGUGAAGUCACAAGAGACAGUGUUUCAUUGUGGACCAUCAAUUUCAUAUAUAGGUUGACUGCAUUAAAAGUGGACCUAAGACAAAAGUGUCUAGUGAUGUGACUUAAGAACUAUAUAUACAGUAUAUAUGUAUAUGCUAUGUAUCCUGGCGAUACAUAGAACAAAUUGGAGAAGUUAAAGCUCAGAGACCAUUAUUGAACCCUAGUUCAACCAGUAUUGAUACUGUUAAGGACUUUGCUCUGCACAAAUAUCCAAAUCUGGGGGCAGUGACUGGCACUCGAAUGAUUGCAGCAGUUCCUAUGGAAGUGUUGUCUAUAAUUUGAAUGCUGAUCACAGCUGCUAGAUAGCGCAGUUUACAUGGCGGAUUAGACAAUACUGUCUGCAGGUGCUAUAGAGGAGGAGCGGGACAAAGACCAGAAACUAAAUAAGUUUGGCACAAUGCAAACUUGAUGACAAUAUCAGCUGGAGUCUUAGACUACUUCAUAAGGCUCAGAUCUAUUCCUAGCUCACUAAAAACUGGUACUUUGCCUGUAACUGACAUUCAUGGAUGAUUAAGAGACCCUAUGGUAUUAAAUUUUCCCCAAACACUGCCGCCAAUAGUGCCUCCUCCUCAGUUUGUUGUUCUUCCAGUGAUCUGUCUCACCCUCUGGCCCGUAUUCCAGAAUGUCUAGGUAGAUCUGCUCAAGCAUAGGAAGUAGAUAAUGGUGAAUAGCCAGUCAAAAUGUGAUGGCCAUCAGCAUUGAAGUGAUAUAUUAUUGUAUAUUGGAAGCUGAUCUGACUUGAUGUUUAAGAAUUCGGGCCUAUGUGUCUUGUUGUAGUGUAAUCAUGGAAUCUAGUCCUAAAUGCUGUAGCCGAGCCAACUUUCUCAAAGCCAGAAAGCUGCUUCUUCAUAAGCAGAGUUUUUGUUGUAAAUAUAUCCUCAAUAUUUUAUUACAAAAAUCCUGCUUUUUCUAUGCUAAUGUAAAUUAAAAACUACUGAUCUUCCCUCAAUGGUUUGUGAUGUGUAUAUUGCCUCUCUUUGCUCCAAUACAGUUCUGUAAAAACCAUUCUGUAUCAUGUAAAUCCGUAUUAAAGGUAUUAACAAGUGGGUGAAGGUGAUUACCUGCUUUACAUUCAUUGAUUGAAGUGCAGUGCUUGUCUGAAUGUAAAAAUUCACACUUCAGACCAGUGCUCUUCUCAGUGGUACGACCGUUUGCAAAAACUUGUAUGUGCUUUGUUUAUACGAGAGCUACAAUCAUGUUUGUUAUAAUUAGAUAGUGUUUUUCAAAGUUUUGAUCUUAUCUGUAAUUAUCCUAGGGCAAUAUUAUUUAUUGUUACAGGCAAUAACAAUCACAGUGAUAACUAGGAACCAGGGUGACAUGAUCUUUACACGUACUUUAAAUACAUUAUUUUAUAAAUAUAAAUCUGCUCACAUGGUUUCUUAGUUGUUUCAGUGUCUACCAACCACAGCCUAUUACACGUUUUGUGUAAGAUCUACAAAAUAAAAGGCUAAUGAAAA